AUGGGGACCGGUUACAGCAAUCCCCUAGUCGAUUCAGCACUCGUUUUCCCCGCCCCGCCGUCGUCCUACGAUUUAGACACGCCCGGCCUUCUUUUACUCCGGUCAAAAUAUAUUCCUUCGCGGGAAGUUCCGGCGUUCCUUAUCCGACCGCGAUUGACCCCCGCGCGACGUGGAACCACACCUUCCGUCGGUUCUUUGCGCUCGGGCGGUUUCCCCUGGCGUUUUCAACUGCCGCGCGCCUCUGCGGGAGCACCGGGCGCUCCUGCGUCGACGCACCGCCCCCAGCGGCCUUGCUCUUCCCCUUGUCUCUCCUCAGAAACUCCGCUGGAAUCCUCCUGUCGAGCUCACGUUUCCCGCACUGUUCUUGCGCCAGCGCGACAAAAGGAUGCGGAACGAGGAGAGAGCACAGACCCUCGAAAGGCCGGGGAGGCCACCAGCGUCCCGACCCUCGCCAGUCGUCAGUCCGAGGGCGGCACUCCGCAGGCACGCGGCGAGAAGCAGUUGGAAGAAGGCGCUGUGGUGACCGAUCCGUCACGCCACACUAGCCUCAGUCCUGAGGAACAUCCGGGAGCGGUCCCAGAGGCAGACACCUCGUCGUUUUUGCCCGACUUUGUGUUGCCGAGUUCGUGUCCUUCGCACGCGGCCUCCAGUCCCAAGGUCGCGCAUGCUCUCUCUGGACAUGGCAUCGCGUUCUUUGAGGAGACUCUGGGAGGAGACCGGUGGUUCGCGCAGGAAGGCGGACCCGCAGCAUUCGUCGGCGAAGCAGGCACCGGGGGGGUGGGCGAAGGAAGCGAAGGCCGACGGAAAGACGGCAAAGGAUUCUGCCUUCUCUACUUCCACGGAAACGCAUGCGACGCAAACAUGAUGCGCGAGUGGCUGCAAAUCGUAGCUGACGAGCUCGGAGUGACCAUCCUCAUUUUCGAGUACCCUGGAUACGGCCUGUUGCAGGAUUACGACAAAAGCAGCCGAGGCAUUGAUCUGUGCGCCCGGAUCGCUUUCGAGUUCCUGGUCGACCAACUUCUGUUCCCAAUCGAGAGAAUUAUUCUCUGCGGCCGAUCCAUCGGGACGGGAGCAGCCGCGUGGCUAGCUUCUCAGCUGGCGCAGUGCAACGUCCGAGUUGGCGGCCUCGUCCUUGUCGCCCCUUACGUCUCGCUUGCAGCGGUGGCGGCGGACUGGGCAGAUGCGCCUCUUGCCCUCACAAGGGUUUUGGUUCAUCACCACUGGAAUAACGAAGCUGCGAUUGGAAGCAUUCCCACGGUCCCACUCUGCAUUAUCCAUGGCAAGGCGGAUGACGUGAUUCCCGUGGCGCAUGCAAAGCGCCUGUGGCAAGUUGCACGCCAGCUGCCGUCGCUUCGCGUGGCUCGGUUUGCCGACGGGGACCACAACGUGGGCAUGUCCCUCGAGUCUCUUUACGGGGACAUCCUUGUCCCGCUCCAGGUUUUCUUUCGAAAAGUGUCUUCCAACCUUCGCGCCAAGAAAGCCACACGGCAGACGCGGCAGCGCGCCCUCGAGACCGCUUCUGCGGCGCACGUUGUGUCGCGGGCACACGCUCAGCCUUCGUCUUUGGCCGAAGCUCCGGGUCUGCCUGGGAGCUCGAAAUCGACCAAGGCCGGACUCGGCCGCGGUCGCGGCGACCGCACCGUCUCCGGCGUCCGGCUCCCGGGGAGGAAACAGGUGUCUCCGGAGGCCGGGCCAGGGGUGCUGCACGUCGCAGGCGGGAAGAAUCGGGCGCGAAGGCUGCUCUCGCAUCGCCUCGGCAGUGCGGCGCAUGCAAAGCCUGAAGACUGUGAGGCAAGCGUCGAUGGCGAGUCGAGGAGUUCCUUGCCUGUCGCGAGUCUUGGGUCUCGUCGUCUGGCUGUGCGGAUCUGCGGCAAGGAGUCGGGAGAGGAAUCCGGUUCAAGCAGCGACCUCGGGCGAGCCCUCGGAGCGGUCGAUAUGGCGUCGCUGGAAACGCGGGCUUCGUCCCUGUCUCUCCAAAACUUUUUAGCACCCGACGGAAGCAGCCUCAGAAAGACGGACAGCAGCUUAAGUGUCUCCCCGGACCAGGCUCCCGGCUGCAGCGGCCGCCCUCGCUUAUCGGCCGCGAUGCUGAAGCGGAGCGAAGGGCGCGGCGCGCCGGCAUUGAACAGGAGCAUCGCGAGUGCGCCGAACAUGGGCGAGAAGGCGGCACCCGGCGUGUUCUCUUCGCAGAAGCACGCGGGGCUGCGGAAGCCCCACUCCUUGCAAGCAGCUUUCCCUUCGCGCGGCCUGAAGCGUUUGCCGUUUCGCGCGACACUUGCGGGCGAGGCGCUUGACGGAUCGGCCCUCUCGGCCGUCGGCGGAGGGACGCGGCGUGGAAGCAGCUCGGAAGGCAGUGACGCAGGCCGGCGGCGGGGCAGUUUCCUGGAGCCGCGUCCUGCAAGUCGGCGCAGCAGCUGGACAGCAGGAGACUCCGCGUCUCUGUCCCACUCUGCCCACUUGAGGGAGGGAGGGGCCACGGAGCAUUCAGAGAGCCGCGGGUUGCAUGCGCGAACCAUCUCAGUCGCGGGGCUGCUUCGGGGGAAGGCCCGAGGCAUCUGGGGGGAAGGGCGCGGCCAGGAGAGACGCGACCGUGGAGCCAGCGGAAGCAGUGCCAGCAAAGGAGAGAAAGACGUCGAGGGGCGAGCGGCUGCGGCAUUGGACCUGCGCGGAAGCGGCCGAACUGUGCGCCCUGCCAAGUUGCAGGUGGGGACUGCAGAACUCGAUCAGGCUGAGCAGACACCGGAGGAAGAGGUCGUGGAGGGCGAAGAGAGAGACGCCGAGGAUCCAGUGGAAGACGAAAGCCAGGACGAGUUUCAGGGGACAGAAAACGCUUCGGAACACGGGGCACGACUCGACUCGGGCGACUAUCUUCUUGGGCUCUCACCGCUGCAUGAACCUGAACUGUCUCCGUUCUGCUUCUCUGAAGACAGCUAUGAAUUGCCGGGUCUAGCCGAUGGCGAAGACGGUGACCUGCAGCUUUUUGAUGAAGACGCCCUUGGGUCAGCGGAUUCCGCGACACCCACGCGCGCUCCUCAUCCAGUCUCUGCGCUGCUCUUUGAGGGCGCCGAUCCCGUCCUGGACAUGCCUUUGCGUCGCGACACCGAGGACAGCGGCGUCGACUCCACUGCGAGCCCCGGAGACACGGAGAAACGCGUUUGGAAAGAGCCGCAGCCGUGCGAGUUUCCCGCUCAUCUCCCCACGGACCCCAACCUCGACAAGGAUACCCCGUGGCACGCGGACCCGACACUCCUGCCCUCAUUUUCCAGACGCUGCUUCUUCCUCAGGGGCAAGAAAGGGUACGGCCCCGUCCCUCAAGGCACCUUUCCGAGUUCUGCCUUUGCCUCUUCCCCUCUCGAGGCGAAGACAGAAGGCUCGCCGUCCCAGGCGGGUCCGUCCGCGGCCGCUUCGCCGGAGGCUGCCUUCCAGGAGCCGUUCCUCGCCGCGCUCUCCACGCCGAGCAUCGCUGCUUCCCGCAGAAGACUUCGCGCCUCUCUGUGCCUUCGAGGUCUGAGUCCAGAGCCGCAGGGCCCAGACGGAGACAGUUGCGGGGCCGAAGGCCCCAGCUCGGCAGUCACCAUCGCGCGAGCCUUCUUUGCUCCGGACGCGAGACGCCACUCGUCCAUGCUGGCUGCCUUUUUGCAGCAGGAGACUUCGCGGGCGCUUCAAAGAGAACGCGAAGCGGAGACGUUGUCUCGAACGAAACCUGAAGGCGCUUCUGCGCUUCGCGACCUUUCGACGCGAGCACAGCGCCUGUCCCGCACGGUGCUCGAGGCGGCCGUAGGUGGAUUCGCAGGGAGGUCGCCGAGGUCCCCGGCAGCCUUCUCGACUGGGGAGGCUUCGCCCAUUCCUCGCGCGUCGCUGUCCUCGGCGUUUCUCUCGUCGCCGCUCCGCACCGUCGCCUUGAAGUUCCCGGACGCAGGGAAAACACAGACUGAAGCGGGGAGUCCGACCGACAGAGCCGCGGCGGGCGACGCAGGCCUUCCCGCGGCUCGAGACUCCGGUGCGGAUUCGGCUCUCGGCGCGGGAGAGCGCAAGACGCCGCAGGGCGCCGGAGCCCUGACUGAGGACCGUGUCGCGCGCGCUCUUUCCUUGUCAGGCAACGCGAGUUCCGGCUCUUCGCUUGGAGAUUCCCGUUCUCUGGCGUCUCCUUCCGGGCGCGACCGCAGUUUUGUCGCCAGAAAAGUCGAACGGCCGGUCGGCUGGCUGCGUGGCCGCUGGGGAGGUCGAGACCGGGAGGCCCCGGCAAAGCCUGAAGAAACAGCGAGACGAAACCGAGACCUUCAGGGCGACGAGAAGGGAGAUCCACGACUCGGAGGCCGAGGUCGCAAACUUGCUCCCGCUGGAUUCGAUGCCGAGGCCAGCGAUUUUGACAGCGUCAAACGCGAGAUUCAGAGGGAAUACCUUUCUUCCAGCGUUCCCACUGCUCCGCCGCCGCUGCGCUCCAGCUUCUUCGAUCUCGGCCCUGCGCGUGAAGGCGACUGCAUCGAUCUUUACGGAGCGAAUCCGGAUCCUGACGCGUCGUGCGCUACCCAGGCGCAAACUUCUCCGACGCUGUCCGGUUCCUGGCGCCGUCCCAGUCGGCUGGUCCUUCAACAGUCUCUGCACAAAUCUGCUCCGCCGCCAGCCAUUGCUUCUGCGCCGUCUCUGCUCCACCUGCUCUCGCCACGGAGCUUGCCCGACUCUGCGGCGCGCGUCCUCACCUCUUCCUCGCCUCCGGGUGUCUCGCUCUCGCCCGUCAGCCCUGCAGCGCCUCCCGUGGCGGGCUGCUCGGAGGCGGACGCGAGCGACGGGCCGCUUUCCUCUCCGCUUCGGGAUGUCAAGGAAACGGACUUCUCCGCCGCUCCGCACCCACCCCCUCUGUCGCGGUCGCGUUCCUUUGGCGCCGAUGCUUCAGGGUGGGAGCCGCUCUUGUCCCCACGUGGACGCGUUCCUCGCGUGCCGCACUCAGAUCUGGGGGCGCUCACGCCGCGUCCUUUUGGUAACAUUCCGUCUUCUCGCGUGUCUUGUCGCGCGUCCUCCGCUUCAGCCUCGUUCAGGUCGUCCUCGUGCUCGCCUCCGCGGUCGCCGUCCUUCCCGAUCCUGUUGACGCAUUCUUCCGUUUCUCAGCUGUCCCGCCCGAAAAGUUUGGUCAUCGCCCACCCGACAAACUGCCCACCCGUCGUUUUCUCGUCGCCGCCUUCCCCCUCUUCUUGCUUCUCUGUCUCUCGAGACCCGUCCGAGCGUCUUCAGUCUCUUCCCCGCCAAAUCCCCUCGGAGGCCUUGUCGCCGUACGCGUCGUGUUCUCUCGCGUCGUCCUCCUUCGCUUCCGCCUCCUCGGCGUCUUGUUCGCCCUCGUCCUGUGGAGCUUCUUCGUCUCCCGCCGCGGCGUCUGUCUCCGCAUCGUCUUCCUCGCUGCAAGUGCAGUCCUGUCCCUUCACGACCCCGUCCGCCGGCGCUUCCUCGUCUUCGCUUGCCGCUUCCUCGUCUUCGCUUGCCGCUUCCUCGUCUUCGCUUGCCGCUUCCUCGUCUUCGCUUGCCGCCUCCUCGUCUUCGCUUGCCGCUUCCUCGUCUUCGCUUGCCGCCUCCUCGUCUUCGCUUGCCGCUUCCUCGUCUUCGCUUGCCGCUUCCUCGUCUUCGCGCUCUCCUGCUGUUGCCUCCGACCCUGCAGCCUGCUGCUCCGUCUCGGCCUCUCCUAUAUGUUCUCCGUCCCAUCUCGCCUCGACUUCUCUCGCGUCUCCUCCCUACUCUUCUUCGCCUUCGUGGCCGCUUUCUUCUCAGCCGGUUUCCUCCUCGUGCUCCGCGUUGCCCCUGUCCUCUUGCCCUGGCUCUGCGUGCCUGGCAAGUACCGCCGCGCGCUCACUCCCUGCUUCUGACACGCGUCUGAGCUUUCCUGAUGCGCUGGGCUGGCGCCCGGCUCCAGUCGAUCUGGAGAUUUCCGUCGCCCCGACCUUCGGCCUGUCGGCGCAGACUUCGAGCCUUUUGCCGUUUCUGACGCGUGAAGGCUGGCCUUCGAUUCCGCGUCGGGGGGAGGCAGCAGAAGUGGACGCGACUCCCGGGGCGGAUGUGGGGGGAGCGCGCGCAGGCGAGGACCGCGAGGAAGACGAGGUGAAGCUCGAGAGAGACGAGGGGAAGCUGGAGAGAGAACAGGAACGUGACGGGGACGAGGAAGGCGAAGAGUCUCAGAGCAGAGAGAUCCACACGGAGGAAAUGAGUCCUUCGGCUGCCGGUGCUUCGACAGCUUACCCCGCGUCCUUUUCUUCUCCGUGCAUCUCGCCCCCGGACUGUCAGUCGCGGCCUGUCCUCCUUACGGGCUCGCCGCUCCUCUCGGCCGCGUCUUUCCUUCCUCGCCACCGCGGCAAAUGCGAGGGCGCGUUUCCAUCCUUCGCAGCGCUGAUCUCGCGCGAGCGCCUUCCCGGCUCGGACGUGGACGCAUGCCCGCAGCAGGACGGUGGCCGUCUCAAGCAGUGCGCGCUCCUCUCGCUCCCGUGCACCAGCGAGUUGUCUCCGCCCCUGCGCAGCCCGGCAGCGACAGGGGACGCGGGGUGUUCCUCGCCUGCCCCGGCCGCGCCGCUCACAGAGAGGGACGAGAGCAGCACCAACGAGAGCGACGGAACUUCUCUCCUUCCAGGACAAGAAACAGCGCGGAUGGAAAGCAACGAUCUGGACCGCUCGGAAAGACUGGAGCUGCACGACGUGGACUUCCACUUUUCGUCUCCUUUUUCUCCCCUCUUUCUCUCUGGACGUUGUCCUGCGCUCUCCGCAGCGGCGCGCGCAGCACUCGCGACCGAGGCAGACGACGCAGCGAGCCGAAAGGAGCCAGGCGACGCCUCGCAAGACGAGAAGGGAAAGUGGGAAAGUGGAGAAAAGAGCGAACGCUCGCGGACGCCGGACGACAGUGAGGACCAGAGCUCGCGGGUACACGCGGACGCGGCGGGAGACAGGGCGAGGGCGCCUGGGAGGCUUCGCUGGACUGCACAGAGCCUGUUGCCGCAGGCGCCUCUGCGUCCUUUUGUCGGGGUAGGAAAGGAAACUGACGAGGGUCGGUUCGAAAGCGACGGAGAAGACGCGCCUUCACUGCGCGUCGCGUGCUUCUCUUCGCCUGCGGUGCGCGCCUCCGGGAGCGUCACCUGGUCGCAUCGCGGGCUUCUUCCUUCUUUGCCGCGUUUGCAUCUCACUCUGGAGUGCGAGGGAGAGCGCCCUGGCGCGAAGGACGGCGACUCGCCCGAGCAAGAGGGGAAAGAAUCGAAGGCCUCGCAUGCAAACCCCGAUCCGCUGGAGGAGCCCGCGGGGGACCUCGAGGAGCCCGCAGAGCUGCGGUCCGCUGGACAAGCUGUUCCGUCAGCUUCUGCGUCUCCUAGGGUUCUUGGGGAGGCCGCCGAGGCGGCGCCGCUUUGUUUGUCUCUGUCGGGUGCCGACGGGCGUUCCGGCCUUGCGGAUGUCUCGGGUUCUGACAGCGAAGAAGAGAGACGCUUCUGGGGACAAGUUGUGGCUGAGGAGCAGGAAGCAGCGUCGGAAGGAGUCAGUGGGGACGAGGAAGAGAGCGGCGGGAGAUCGCUGUCCGGGCUCUUUGUGUUUGGCAGGGGAGAAGAGGGGGAUCGAAGUCCGCCUCAGCGGCCGCCGUGGCCGCGCGACUGUUUGCUUGGUUCUCGCGGUGAACAGGCAAGCAAGCAGAUCACGUUAGUCAGCGAGACUAAGGAAGCCGGCGGAGACGCAGACGGAGAGCGUGAAGUCGCGCGCGAAGGCUGCGCCAAGCCCGGGGAGAAGAGGAAACGCGGAGGCCUGUCACUGAGCCUAGAUGAAGACCUCAUCCAGGUUGACCCCGACCCGCCUUUCAAGCAGCUGCGCGGGCGCGAGGAGAAAGAGAGCGCUCGGGGUGGAGACGGCAGAGUGUCUCCGCCGCGCCUCCCAGCGCUGCUGUCGGAGGAAGGCAGAGAAGAGGAGAUCCUUCCCUUGUUCUCGCGGGACAAAGAGGCUGUGCGGUCGUCGAAUCUCGAGCCGGCCCCGAUGACUCGGCAAACCACGUGCUCGGGGUUCGACUUUCUGUUCACGCGUGUGGAGCUGAAGACCGACGCGGUCCCGUUCGCGUCUCCGUCCAUUUUUGCGCGCCAUGCGCAGUACUUUGCCGACGAGCGAAAGAGUUUCUGUUCGCUGGGCCGCGUGCGUAUCUUCAAAGACGGGACGGAGAGAGAAGACGAAGACGACGGCUUCCGACCGAACGCGUCUUUCCUCUCCGACGCGGACGGGUCCGAGUGGCUGUCGGGCGCACCUUCCGCCGACCCCCGGGAAGCCGAGAAACUGUUCGAGCCGCUGGAUUCGCCCUCCUUUUCGUCGGCGUCCUGCUCGACUGUCGGCCCUCUCACGCGCCGACACCUCAGUCUGCAUGCGGGGCGCCGGGACUGCGAGUGGCGAGGGAAGGAGAACGCGAGGCCGUCCAACGCGCCGUUAUCGACGGCCUCGAUUGCCUUUGCGCACCGGCGGCGCGUGAACAGGUACGUGAAGCACGAGGACGGAGCGUCGCUGACGAUGCGGGUCUUUGAUCCGCUGCCGCCCAGUGGGGGCGAGGGUGCGCGUGCGCUGCAGACGUGCCCAGACACUCGGAAACGCGUGGACGAGGGCGACGGCGCGAGUUGCCGCGGGAGGUGCGACCGACUCGCAGAGAAACUCGACCCGCCGUUCCCUUUGGCUCCUCUCUCGCCCGCGUCCCGUGCCACCAGCGCAGCUCUCACGGCUGCUGCGCAUGCAGCCGCAGCUGCCGCAGCCUACGCAGAGGCCGCUCGCUCUCUCGCCGCGGAGAAGCCCGAGCAGGUCGCUGUCGCGUGCCUGCCGUCUGGGGGCCGUCUGCCUCUGAGCAAGAGCGACGCGCUGGCUUUUCUUGAGGGGCGCCUGCCGCUGCCGGGGAAGCGCGAGGUCGCCCAGCAGUUCCUGCAGGCGCGGCGGCGCGUGAGUCGCCACUGCAGCGUCGCAUGCAGCCGCGUAGACUCGCCCCUCGGCGGCCGGACCCGGCGGAUCCAGAAGAGCGAGCGCGAGAAGGAAGAACGCGUGGAGCAGAAAGGUCACGGCGCCGUGUGGGUCUUUGAGGAGAGCAAAGGCGACGCCUUUGAGACGCGCCAGGAACGGCUCAUCCUGGAACAGAAAACUCUCGGGUUUGGCGCCAGAGUGUGUGCGGAGAAAAAAUGUCAACACAACAGCAGAGAGACCAUCACGAGUGUCUCGUACUCGUCGUCGCUGUCCUGUCUCCUGUCGUCCUUCCUCCCCACACACUUCAGUCUCUCCGUCUCGCUUGGGGGCAUCCCGAAGGAAGACUGA